ACCACACAUCUGACUCCUCAAAGUGUAGAUAUGUUCGAUAACUCUAACUACCCCUUCAACUGUUUUAACUACGAUGGAGACGGAUACCCUUCCUCUAGCACUGACGAAGAGAAGAAAAUGUGUAGACCCGCAUACAGCUACAUCGCUCUGAUAGCCAUGGCCAUCCAGCAGAGCCCUGAGCAGCGGGUCACUCUGUCGGGCAUCUAUGAGUUCAUCAUGAAGAGGUUUCCGUACUACCGCUCAAACCAGAGAGCCUGGCAGAACUCCAUCAGACACAACCUGUCUCUCAACAGCUGCUUCAUCAAGGUUCCUCGGACAGAGGGCAAUGAGAAGGGAAAGGGAAACUACUGGACUUUUGCCACCGGCUGUGAAUCCAUGCUGGACCUGUUUGAAAAUGGAAACUUUCGGCGUCGCCGGCGCAGGAGGAACAUGAAAAUUGGCCUCCGUGAUUCAGGAGAAACCCCUUUCCACCCUUUGGAGAGCCACAGCAAUCAGGACGUACCUGCAGCUCGGCACCCCGAAUCCGACUCCACCCUCUGCCCUUUGAACCCUGAAAGGCCGAGGUCGGGUCCACAGCAAAACCAUCUCAUCCCAAACCCCACCCUGCAAGGGAAACCAGAGUCAGAGAUCAAGUUUAGCAUUGACUACAUCCUUUCCACUCCGGAUCCGCCUCUGUCUGGGUUCAGAUCCUCCCACGGCCCUGUGCACAUAGGGCCUGCAGGGCCGCCUAUACAUGUGCUGGAGCCGCAACACCUCAACCUGCACUUCUGGACUCUGUGAGCA